AAACGAAAGGAGAAAGAGAGAGAGAAAAAUCCCGAGUCCCAUCCACGUCCAGAUCGCGGUCCUCGAAGAACCCACGCGCGGAACCGAAGACGAAAUCGCCGCGCACCACCUCCGCCUCCCGCGGCGUCUCCUCCUCCUCCCCGAGCUCCGGCCGCGUGCCUCCCGCCAGAAGCAGGAUACCAUUUUCGAUAUAUGGGCAGCGUGUUCAAACAUACUGACUGAAAUGGAUAAGAAGAAAGCAAUCGACGACACUGAACCAGGACCGGCUCCUUCUCGUUCCGUGGACAGAUUUGGUUUUAUAAAGCCAGAACAAAGUGGCUCGCCUGAUGGACUUCCAAAAGGCAGAUCCAUACAUGAACGUGAGAGGGAGGAAAGACGGAUAAGAAAAUGGAGGAAGAUGAUAGGGGUUGGUGGUAGUGACUGGAAGCAUUAUGUUAGAAGGAACCCUCAUGUGGUCAAAAGGCGAAUAAGGAAAGGAAUUCCUGAUUGUCUUAGAGGGCUUGUUUGGCAGUUGAUUUCAGGCAGCCGUGACCUCUUGCUAAUGAACCCUGGGGUUUAUGAGACGCUGGUGAUGUAUGAGACAUCGGCCUCUGAAUUGGAAAUUAUUCGUGACAUAUCACGUACAUUUCCAUCUCAUAUUUUCUUCCAACAAAGACAUGGUCCGGGUCAAAGAUCCUUGUAUAACAUUUUGAAAGCAUACUCUGUCUAUGAUAGGGAUGUUGGAUACGUGCAGGGAAUGGGAUUUUUAGCUGGGCUGCUGCUUCUUUAUAUGAGUGAGGAAGAUGCAUUCUGGUUAUUAGUUGCCUUGCUGAAGGGAGCUGUCCAUGCACCAAUGGAAGGCUUGUAUCAGGCUGGUUUGCCACUUGUGCAGCAAUAUCUAUCUCAGUUUGAGAAAUUAGUUAUGGAGCACAUGCCAAAAUUGGGACAACACUUUGUUGAAGAAAUGAUAAACCCAAGCAUGUAUGCGAGCCAAUGGUUUAUCACAGUUUUCUCAUAUUCCUUCCCAUUUCAUCUUACUCUUAGAGUUUGGGAUGUCUUUCUUUAUGAGGGUAUUAAGAUUGUUUUCCAAGUUGGAUUGGCUCUAUUGCGAUUCUGUCAUGAUGAUUUGGUCAAAUUACCUUUCGAGAGUCUCCUACAUGCCUUGAGAAAUUUCCCUGAGGAGGCAACUGAUCCAGACGUAUUAUUGCCAAUUGCCUUCACAUUUAAGGUGUCCAGUCGUCUUGAAGAGCUUCAGAAGGAAUAUCAGAAGGGACCGGAGAGCAGUAGUGAAACUUCAAGUAUCAAGCGGCACCAAGCUCUCAUAUCGAAGACGAUGAGCAGGGUAGGUAGCCACGUCAUAUCUAACUUAACCGCUGACAAAAAAUGACAGGCGUGAUCUCUUGUUGUAAAACAAAGCAACACCUUGUUGUAACUUGUAUGUACAUUGUACAGAAAGAAUGGCCUUCAUUCGUUCGUCCUAUUGUUGCUCUGUUUAUUAGUUACGGUUACAGCGCUUUCAUAAACGGAAGAGGUGUAACUGCUCCUCUUAACUA